CCAAUACUUUUAACCUUCAUUGGGGUUGAUUAUUGUUGGAUUAUUGUUGUUGUGGUUUUUUUUUUGAUUUAAUUAAUUAAUUACAAUUAAAAAGAUAAUCAUGUUAAAUUUAGCAUCUAGAAUUUUAGUCUCUCCACUUCCUGUGGCCUCAGGAAGCCAAGUCAGAGGAAUGGCAACUCUUAAAGACAUCCGUGUCCGAUUGAAGUCUGUUAAAAACAUUCAAAAAAUUACCCAGAGUAUGAAAAUGGUGUCAGCUGCUAAAUAUGCAAGAGCUGAAAGGGAUUUAAAGGUUGCCCGAGGUUAUGGUGAUGGAGCAAAAGCUUUUUACACUGCCAGUGAAUUAGAACCAAAAGAGGAAAAACCUUCAUCACCUGGAACUUUAAUCAUUGCUUUAACCUCUGAUCGUGGUCUUUGUGGUGCUGUUCACUCUGGUGUCGCUAAAAAGGUCCGAGCAAUUAUGAAUGAAGAUCCAAACGCUGCAAACAUCAAACUGGUUACAAUUGGAGAUAAGGCAAAGGCAAUGUUAUCAAAACAAUACAAGGACAAUAUUAUCCUUAUGUUCAAUGAUUUUGGUAAACGACCACCAACCUUUGGUGAUGCUAUUGAAGUUGCAAAUGCUAUAAUCAAGAGUGGAGCUGAAUUUGAAAGAGGUAUCCUUAUAUACAAUCGCUUUAAGUCUGUAGUCUCUUAUGCCAUCUCGGAAUUGCCCGUUUUCUCAAUGGCUGCCCUAUCAAAAAGCCCCAAAAUUGAGCUUUACGAUAGUUUGGAUGAUGAAGUUCUCCGAUCUUAUCAUGAAUAUUCCGUGGCUAGUUUGGUCUUUUAUGCCAUGAAGGAAAACGCUUGUUCCGAGCAAAGUUCAAGAAUGACGGCCAUGGACAACGCUAGUAAGAAUGCCGGUGAAAUGAUCCAGAAACUUACUUUGUCAUUCAACAGAACAAGACAGGCCGUUAUUACCCGAGAAUUGAUUGAGAUUAUUUCCGGUGCUGCUGCUCUUUAGAAACUUUAAUCAAAUAUCUGUACAAAUACACACGAAGAACGAUUAACCCAUAAUUAAUAAGAGAAUAAAUUUCUCUCGGAUAGAGUUGAUAAAGGAAUUAAAUCCAUCAAAAACAAUUGAAAAGAAAAAAACGAAAAAACUUUUUUUCUCUCAUGUAAAAGAUUCUGUAAACAGCAACUGUAUCUCCCAUUUUUAGGCUUAGUCCCGGUCAGAAAAUUAAUCCAAUUUAAAGAUAUUGUUUUUGUUUUACCGAA